UGAGAAAGGAUAGGAUAGAGAUCGGUGCUAGGAAGUCAGAAUGCAAUAUUUUACAGCUGCUGGGUCCUACAUAAGCUGGCUCCUUUUAAAGCUAUAUUUUGUGUUCCUAGGAAUAAAUGAUAUAUUUUGGAAUAAGCAGCCUAGGUAAUGUGGAAGAAUGGCUGCUUCCUUUUCUUUGGUUUCUUCUAUCCUUGGUGGAGUAGAAGUAGAGGACAAGAAUGCCAACACAGCAAAACAAAAAGGAUUUGUUUUUCUUGUCUUUCCCUCGUAGUUGUCUCCUUAUAACUCUUGCUUUUGUCCUUCAUUUGGACCUCCAACUGUGGGUGGUUGAACAACGUGAUUCUGUUCUUGAUCCUUGAGGAAUUUCAAAUUCAAUCAAUCAUGUUAGCUGCACAGAGCAACUCAGGGCAUAAUAGGCAUUCUCGCAAUGAUUCUUCCAUAAAGCAAAAAAGUGGCUAUGAACCUUCAGACACAGAGACUGAGUGGCAUGAAAGCCCUUGGAACGAUGGAGUAUUGACAUCAGAGAGGACUCGUUUUCCUAAAGAUCCUGGUAGGAAUGGCCAAGUUGGUAUUAGGAGGCCCAACAUAUCUCCUAACCGCACAAGAGAUUAUCAUGUUGAGAAAACUUCAAACUUGAGGUACAGUCGUACACCUCCCAGAGUAACAGAACAAAAGCGCCAACCUUCUCCACACGUGGCUGGAAAGAAUGAAUCACGUAAGAAGAACAGCCGGACGCCUCCCAGAUUUCGUUCUUCUAUGGAAAGCUUUAGUAAAUCAUCAAUCAAGGCGAGGUUUUCGCGCAACCGAUCAAUUUCUACACCGAAACUACGGCCACAAGAGAAGGAACAUCCUUCUAGAGCUCCUGCAUUUCCUGGCACUAAUCCUGUCCCAGCACGUCCAGAAAGAGAAGCUGCUGACAAUAUAGAAGAAGAUUCGCAUGCAGAAAAUUGUUCCCAGGAGAUCAGUGAGUUGAUUGGAAAUGGCAAGUUGCCUAAUUACAGAUAUAAUGAGUAUGCAUUUACAAGCACAGAAUCAAUACCUACAGGUGACAUCUUCUUCUCCCGUGAUUGCAGGGCGCCACUAGAGAAAACAUCAACAAAACACAACAAUAUUGAUGAAUCACUUACCAUGCCUUCAAAUGCCCUUGCUGAGAAUGAUGGAGGCGCUACUCAAGAUAACAACAGUAAUUUAGGCCAGCUGUCACAGUUUGUUUCAGCCCGGACAGGUCUAUCACGUACAACUACAAAAUCCAGUUAUGCUACUGGCCGCCAUUCCCAAAUAAGCAGCACCAACACUUUGAGUAGCCCAUAUAAUGGUGGUAGAUUAAGUGGAGAGAGUGGAAAGUUUAGUGAUUUUACCGGGAAACUAGUCGGAGGUGUCAUGAAAUUCACAUCCAGCAAAGUGCAAAAUGAUGCUUGGCUUCCAUGUGUGACUGGCAAGGCAUGCCGGAAAUCAAGAACACCAAUUAAUAAAACGAAUGAUGAAUCUGAAUCAAGUUUCAUUCAGAAGGCACUCGUUGUUGAGAAGAUUAGACUUUUGUGGGCUGAUAAAUAUCGUCCACGAAAUUUAAAUGGAUUUACUUGCCACAGAGAGCAAGUUCAUCAGCUUAAACAAUUGGUCUCCGCGGAGAUUUGCCCACAUAUAAUUUUCAAAGGACCUCCGGGAUCAGGAAAGAGGUCUUUGUGCAGAGCUGUCCUCACUGAGAUAUUUGGUGAUUCCUCUCUGAAUGUCUCUCACUAUUUGAAGAGUUGCAAUGGGCAGGGAUCUGCAUCUGCGCCCAUUCUUGUGCCAGUGUCAUCAAGCAAUCAUCAUGUGGAACUCAACAUGAGGUCUCAAUCCAAGAAUGCUAGAUAUGCUUUGAUGACUCUUGCGAAUGAAAUGUCAGAUAAGCGUAAAAUCACUGAACCAGUUGUGAGAAAGAACUUUAAAGUAAUUUUGCUCUAUGGUGUUGAUAAAGUCAGCGAGAAUAAUCAGCGUUUGAUAAAAUGGAUACUUGAUUCCUCCUCUGAUGCAUGCAAGAUAAUAAUGACUUGCCAGGAUGAAUCAAAUCUCGUAGAUUCUAUAAAGAGUCGGUGCAAGCUUAUUACAAUUGGUGUUCCCAGUACACGUGAGAUUGUGGAUAUCCUCACUUAUAUAUCAAAAAGAGAAAGUUUUGAUCUUCCUGCAACUUUUGCUACUACCAUUGCUAGUCAAUCCAGGCAGAACUUGAGGGAGGCUAUAUUGGCUUUGGAGGCAUGUAAAACCAAGAAUUACCCCUUCAUUGAUGGACAAGCUAUACCACUAGGGUGGGAGGAGGUCCUGGAGGAACUUUCGGCAGAAAUUUUGGAUGAUCCUGCUCCCAAAAGGUUAUUCUUGGCACGAGGCAAGCUCCAAAAGCUCCUGGUGGAAUUUGUACCUCCUAAACUAAUACUCCAGAAGCUUGUAGAACUCUUCCUGAAGGGCAUUCAUACUAGUGUGAAGAGGGAGGUCUACUAUUGGCAUGCCUACUAUGAUAAGCGGUUGCCCGUCGGUGCAAGUGCUCUGCUGAAAUUGGAAGAGUUUGUUGCCAAGUUCAUGAGCAUCCACCGCAAGAGCUUGUCAGUCGGCUCACAAUGAGCCCAAGAUUCCUGAGAUGGCGCGGUGAAAAUCGGCGGCACAACCAGCGCGGGUGCAUGCAUGCCGUUCAGAUGUGUUGAAAAUCCUGUGUGUGCUAUCACUUAUUAUUGGUCAUGGACUCAUGGUGCAUCCUUUUCUCGUUCCAUGGUAGUACUCCCUGUCUGUAUUGUGCAGUUGAUGUAUUUGCAUUCUUUUUUUUUUCUUUUUGCCUCCGCAUAGCCCUG